AAAGACACCAUUAUUGUUUUGGUACAAGCUAGAGUAGGAUUUUCUUUCACAUUGUUGCCUCUCCUGGGAUAAUUAAGGGGCUGCUACCUGUGCUUAGGGUACCCGCAGUGCCAGGGACGCCUCACCUGUGCCCUUAUGCCCCCAGGGAGAGGAAAGAAGGAGGAAUAACAGUGAAAAAUGCGGUUAUAUACGAUACCUGACAACUCGAAAAGACCCCACUGACUUCCACCAAGCAAACGAGAGUGCCGGGCUGCCCACACCACUGCGGCACUCCCUGGGGCUGCAGAGUGCCACCACAGACUAACUGGCACUCACAACACCACUGACUGGGUUGGCCGUGCUGGGUGACAGUUUGAGGGAAGAGACUUUGUGAGUUUUGUGGUUCGUGUGGAGAAGGAAGAGGAGAAGUGUUGGUGGAAUGUAGAGAAGAAGAAGAAGAAAAAGAAGGGCAGGUAUUGUUUGAAGGAAAGAAGUGUUAUUUUUGUUAUUUUGAAAAGUGCGUAAGAUUUUGUGGUUGGUGUAAAGACGAGAAAAAAGAAGAAGAGGAAGAGGAACUAUUUGAACUAAAAAGAGAUACUGUGCUUGAUUUAGGGAAGAAGAAAUAAUUUAGGUUUGUCUUGUUGUAAAGGGAUCUUGUUUAUUUAAGGUUUUGUCUGUAGAGAAGGAGAAGAAGAAAAGAUAUUUGUGAAAAGUGAAAAUAUUUAUUGUGAAAAGAUUAUUGUUUCCUUAAGAUUUUUGAUGCAGAUAUUAUUGGAAGUAGAAAACAGCAAGAAGAAAAGACACUGAAUAAAAAGAAGCAUAGAAAAGAAUAAUUAAAGGGAUGAGAGAAAGACUGAAAGGAAACAGAGAGAGAUAAAGUGUUUUCAAUAAUUAGAAAGAGAAAGAAAGGCAAGUGACAAGAGAGAUUAAAGGAGGGAAAUACAGAAAACUGGAGGAAAGACUGAAAGAAAGGAAGGAAUAAUAAGAAGUUUACAAAGACUGACAGAAGAGGAGAACAAGGAACUAAAAGAAAGAAAAAAAAAAAAAAAAGCACACAAACCAAACAGGAGAGACAAAAAAAAGUGUGUGCAUUUGUGUGUAUGGGAGACAGCAGUAGAGAAAGAGAGAGAGACAUCUAGCGUGCAUCAGAAGUAAAAGAAAGACAAAGAAAAUAAAACUGCAAAAAAAAAACAAAAAAAGACAAAAAAAAGUGAGAGAGAGAGAAAGAGAGAAUUUAGGUACAUAUUGUGGUAAAGAAAACAAGAAAACUGCAUAAAACUAUAAGAAAGACAAAGAAAAGUGUGUGUGGGCGUGCGUGUGUGUGUGAGAGAAAGAAAGAGAGAGAGGGAGGACAUCAGGAGUGCAUGCGGUGUUAGUGAGACAGCAUGGAGAGUAUAUCGGAGGCUGGCGACGAGGUGAGGGACGAGCCCUUCAGCUGCCCGGAGUGCCACAAGAGCCACAGUGCGCGGUACCUGCUGGUGCGACAUCUGAAGGUGCAUGCCAAGGUGAAGCCGUUCCAGUGCACCGAAUGUAACAAGAGCUUCGUGCACAAACACAGCCUGAAGCUCCACAUCCGCAGCCACACGGGGGAGAGGCCGCACCAGUGCUCCCUGUGCCUCAAGUCCUUCCCGACGCGCAACAGGCUGCAGAAACACUUCAUCGUGCACACCAAGGAGAAGCCGUUCCAGUGCCCGGAGUGCGUCAAGUCCUUCGUGAGCAAGGACGGCCUCAAGGUUCACAUGCGCAGCCACACCGGGGAGAAGCCGUACCAGUGUCCCGAGUGCAACAAGCUGUUCGUGCGCCGCAACACCCUCAACAUCCACCUCCGCAGCCACACCGGCGAGAAACCUUACAAGUGCUCCGUGUGCCUCAAGUGUUUCACCACCAGCGGCAGCCGUCACAAACACAUGAAGGUGCACACGGGGGAGAAGGCCUUCCAGUGUUAGCGCCGCUGCCCCCCACCUGCACCCACUCCUGAUCCCUCUCCCUCUCGUCCAGCACCCACACGCCCCUGCCACUCACUCAUGUCCCCCUCUCGUCUCCUUGUCUCCUCCUCCUCCUCCUCCUCCUCCUCCUCCUCCUCCUCCUCCUCCUCCUCCUCCUCCUCCUCCUCCUCCUGCUGCCCCAAUGUUGUCCUCUGCUACCUACUCAUGUCUAUCUCUCAUCAUUCUUCUUCCGCCUGCUUCUAAUGCUGUCUUCUUCUUCUUCUUCUUCUUCUUCUUCUUCUCUUCCAUUUGUCUUAUUUUUGUCUGGUUUUGUUUUCUUUUCUUAUCCUUUUGUUUGUUUUGUUUCUCUCUCUCUCUCUCUCUCUCUCUCUCUCUCUCUCUCUCUCUCUCUCUCUCUCUCUCUCUCUCUCUCUCUCUCUCUCUCUCUCUCUCUCUACCAUUCCCCUCCCCCCAGUACCACUCCCACAGACCGCCACCUCUCUCUGACUGGUGGAGGUGUCGACCAAUCAGAGGCUCUCGUUUCCGUGUUGGCCAAUAGAGGAGCUGCGUUAGGUUAGGUUCAUGUACUAGUGUGGCCGACAGACAGACAGACGGAUGGACACUGCCUUGGGGGCCCCUCAGGUGUCUGUUUGUGUGUGUGUGUGUGUGUGUGUGUGUGUGUGUGUGUGUUUGUAUGUGUGUGUGUAACAGGGUAACCAUAUAAUGCAAUAUAGAAGGAGGAGAGGGAGAAAGAAGGAAUGAAAGAAGAAGAGAGAGAAAUAUAAGAAGAGAAGAGGAAGGAAGGAAGGAAGAAGAGGAGAAAAGAAUUAUUGUAUUGUUAUAAGAUGUAAUAGAAGAGGAGAGAAGAAGAAAAAACAGAGACAAAUCAGAAGAAAAGAAAGAGAAUCAGAAGAGAAAAGAGAGAAAGAAAGCAGAAAAGGAGAAAGAGAGAGAGAGAAAGAUAGAAUUACGUAUAGAGGAAGUUACCCAAUGUAUGUACGUACGUAUGCGCGAAUAUACAGAAUGAACACCAACACAAAUAAAACCCAGAACAGAAAAGAAAGAAAAAAAAGAGAAAAAAAAAAGAAAAAAAAAAUCGGAUUCGUUUUUUUUAAUCAAGCUAAUAUUUUGUUCACCCAAAUCUUUCACCGUUGCUUUGAAUCUCACAUUCUUUACACCCUAAGACACUGUACAAGGUUAGUAGGGGGAGGUAUGGGUGGUGAUGGGGUGUAAGGAAGGGGCAAUGAUGGGCGCAAGAUUACUGUGUGUGUGCAUGAGUGUGUGUGUGUGUGUCUUAGGACGAUGGUAAAGGAUUAGGAAGCAGCAGUUGAAAGAUAAAUUAAUGAUAUGUGAAUGUGUGUUUGAAAGGACUGGGGAGGUUUAAACAAGAACUUGGAAAAUGAUGAAGGUAAAUGAUUAAUAAAAGAUGCUGCAAGGGAGGAGAAAGGAUAAUGUUGAGUGUUAUGAAGGGAUAGGUUAGUAAAUAGAGAAGUGGAGGAGGAGGGAUGUGGUGAGUGUAACGAGAGAGAAAGAAAGGAAGGAGAAUAUAAUGUUGAAGAUGAUAAAAGGCAAAGAUGAUGAAGGAAGUGAAGAAUGAAUAAAGUGACAGAAAAUGAUGGAAAAAGAAAGAAAACAGUUGGAAAGGAAUAAAUAAGAAGAAAUUAAAGUAAAUGGUGAAAAAUUAUGACAAAAAAAGCAAGAAUGAAAAAUAAAAAAAAAGACUAAACAAGAAUAAACUAUAAAUAUUAGGAUUUAAUUAUGAUAAAAGAUUAAAUAAAGUGAAAAUUGAAAGAAAUGAAAGAAAAAAAAAAAGAGAAUAACACAAAAGAAUGCAUGAAGGAAGGAGGAACAAGAAAAUAAUACAAAGAAAGACAUGGUAAGGAAACAGAUGAAGGAAGGAAGGAAGGAAGGAGGAAGAAGAAAGAAAAAUAAAUGAAUAUGAGAAGAAAACCAAUGAAGAAUGUCUAUGGGAAGGAAAGAAUGAUAAAAGAAAGAAGAAGAGAAAGAGAGAACAAUAAACUUUGGGAAAUAAGAAAGUAGAGAAUAAGUGAGAAUUGUAAAUAUAGGAUAAAAAGAGAAAUAGUAAAAUUAUCUUAUUGGAGAGAGAGAGAGAGAGAGAGAGAGAGAGAGAGAGAGAGAGAGAGAGAGAGAGAGAGAGAGAGAGAGAGAGAGCAAUAUAGUCAAAGAUAUAGCCAAAAAUAGACACACGUACAUACCGAGUCAUAAAAUUGAAAAGAAAAGAAAAGAAAUUGCGAAAAGAAAAUAACGAAAGUAAAGAAAGGAACAAAAAAACACACUUCAUAUUUUAUCAUUGAGAGAAAGAGAGAGAGAGGGAAGAAAAGUGAUAAGAGAGAGAGAGAGAGAAAGGAAAAAAACAAUUGAAGAAAGAGAGGGAAGAAAAGGAAUAAAGAAAGAGAAGAAAAAAUAACAAACAAACAGAGAGAGAGAGAGAGAAGGAAGAAAAAAUAUGCUGAUGUGAAUAUAUAGCCCCCCCUUCCCCUGGUGACCUGAGGGUGGGGGCGUGACCAGCUGGUGACCCGAUGUGACCUGAGGUGCUGCCACGAGACCGGAGUGAGGCUGGGAGGAGUGUAGUGUGUCACAGUGUGUGGGGGCAGCUGUCACCCUUGCCACACCCCAGCCACACCCUGCCACCACACCUCACCACCACACCCUGCUACCACACCCCACCCUACCCUGGCAAGAGUACCCAUCAGCCAGUACCUCCACACCACUGCAUCAGCAAUCCUCCAGUCAGACACCAGCCAUAUGUCCAGCCUCUCACUCCCCUGGGCAGCCUCUCACUCCUCUUGGCCAGACAGCACAGGAGAGAAACAGGAGGUGCUCUCUCUCUUCCCCCUCUUGUAUUUACCGAUACUUCACUGAGAUAUGCUAAAGGUUACUCAUUGUUUUGUUGAUACUGUGAACUGCCCUUGCCUCAAACCUGCCCUGUGUGUGUGUGUGUGUGUGUGUGUGUGUGUGUGUGUGUGUGUGAGGCAUAAGCUACCUCUUUAGUUAUUAUCAGGUCAAAUCAGUAUGGUAUUAAGUUAGGUUUUCUCAAUAGUUUCUUUAAGCUUUGUUCUCUCUGUCUCUCUCUCUCUCUUCCUUCCUUCUCUGGUGUUCCCCAAGUGGUUUGCUGCCUCCUCUGUCUGUGAGGCAAACCAGGAAGAGUAGAUUUUGGUGACUUCAUUGUUCUUGGUGGUGUUUUGCAAGGUGACUAUUGACGACUCCCUGACCUCCUUCUUGACUCACUCGAUGCCUUGGUUUCUGUGCUGUCUUGACGUUUUAUUUGCCUUUUUUUACGUAACUGAUGCUUUUGUUUUAAUUUAUCUUGAUGUGAAAUGAUGCUACGUUUUUUAUCUGCUUGGUGACGUGGUGACUCGGAAAGGAUUAAAGUUAUGUUCUCAGCUUGUAAAUUCUCGAGGAAACUUGUUAUGUGUCCAAGAAGUGUGUCCUUAUAUUUGUUAACAGCCUAUAGAGUCUAUGUUAUGUUCUCAGCUCACAAACUCUCCAUCUGGCUUGUUUCCACACAAAGAAUUGUUUUUUUUUUUAUCUUUUGUGGUCAGGAAUUCUAUAAUUUGUUUUUUCAGCUUUAAACUCCCCUGCUGGCUUGUUUCCACUCCAAAAACUGUUUCAUUUAUCUUGUUUCUUGGUCAGGAGGUCUAUCAAUCAUUUUCCCAUCUCAUAAAUAUUCCAGCCAACUCUCAGCCUAACAAGAUGCCCAAGAUGUCUGUUAUUUCACUUCUCACCCAAUAAACACCUCAACUCACUUUUAUACAUCCAAGAAUCAUUUUAUUUAUCAUAUUUUGAGGUCAGGAAUAUGUAUCAGUUAUUUUCCCAGCUCAAAUAUUCCAGCUAACUUUUUUCCCAGCCUGACAAGAUGCCCAAGAUGUCUAUCACUUCACUUCUCAGUCCAUAAACACCCCAGUUAACUUUUACGCACCCAAGAAUCAUUUAAUUUAUCGUAUUUUGAGGUCAAGAAUUUUAUCAGUUAUUUUCCCAGCUCAUAAAUAUUUCCACUGUCACAAGUAUCCCAAGAUGUCUGUCACUUCACUUUUAAGACCACAAACACCCCAGUGAUCUUUUUAUGCACCCAAGAAGUGUUUAAUCUUUUACUUAAGCCCACAAAAUCACACACACCAUGCAGGACCUCAUAGCCAACAGACGUACAGACGGACAGACACGAGGGACCCCCAAUGUCGCAUGUUCAAAGCCAGUUUUUCUAUUACUUUAAUGUACACGUAAGGAAAUGUCGCUGUCACCCCCCCCCCCCCCCCUGAACCCACCCCUGGCCUGCCCUGGACUGAUUAGCCUCCUGUGUGUGUGUGUGUAUGUGUAUGUGUGGUAGUCCUAAGGAAAUACUGAUGCAAAACUAUUGUGUGUAUGUGUGUGUGUGUGUUUUAUUGUUAUUGUAAGGAACCCAAAACUGAUGCAAGAUUACUGUGUGUGUGUGUGUGUGUGUGUUCGUGUUGAAGGACAGUCUCUCGGCAGCCUUAGGCAUAGAAAACGUACGGUAGGAAGAUUGUUUUGUGCGUACUGUAGAUUAAGACAAAAAAGUAAGUUUUAUGUCUUUUGUUACAAUGUACUGCUACUACUACUACUACUACUACUACUACUACUACUACUGGUGUCCUAGAUAUAAUAUGCAUUAGUGUGUGUGUGUGUGUGUGUGUGUGUGUGAGGCGGGGAAGGGAGGAGCCGAGUGACCCAAUAUUCCAUGACUUUUUGGUGUUUUGUUUACCAUUAUGAUGUACGUAUAGUAGCUGUGGUCGCUGUAUUUUUUUCCUAAUAAAAAUUUCUUUUGC